AAAAUUUUGCCUUAUGAGGCCAAGAUCCAUUAAUCCCUUUUGGUGUUCGCUGGAAUGGGUCAUUAAAAUGUUUUUAUCUGUAAAACAUGGACUUAAGAGUUGACUUAAAGUUAAGUAAAGUCUUGCCGUCUGCUACACUGCUGUUUCCUUCGUAUACUCUGAGUUAGCUGGGUCAUCCAUUGACUGAUGAACAAUGACGUUCGGUGUGUUUUCUGGCUUGGAAGGAGCAGAGAAGGUGGUGAUGAGAAAAAUUUAGGACAUACAUAUUUCAACCUAGACUCUCCUAAUUCAUGGCCUCAGAGAGAUGAGCAAUGAACUUUGAUUAUAAUUCAAUACCCAAGUUCAUGAGCUACCUAUUUCUGGGCAAUUUGGAGAGCCUGUUCUAAGUUUGGAGACAGGGAAGUAGUUGCAUAUUAAAAAUCCACCUUGACUUCAGAAAGGAUGGGGCCUUAAUGGUGUGAGCUUGAAAGCAUUGACUUUUAGAAGACCAGAUGAGAGGAGGAGAAUCAGUGCAACAGUUUUGAAGAUUUUUCUUAUUUGGGCAAUUUCAAUUUAGAAGUUUGGAGUCACUGCACCUCACUGGAAAGCAAGAGGGUGGAAAUUUUUUGAAGGGUAUCAGAUUGGAUCCACUAUAAAUCAGAGGCAGAAUUGGGUUUCCUCCACGCUGCAAGGGUGUUGUUUGUUUUUGAGGGGCUUGUUGGGAUGAAAUGAUUUAGGAUGCAAUUGUAGAUUAGUUUGUAUUUAUGCUCUUGUAGGCGGGUGAGAGGCAGAGAGGGGACUGAUAUGCUGAGGGAGAAUUCAUUAGGCUGAAGGAGAAUGUUCUCUGGCUGUUGGUAUGCAUCCAUAUCUAUAGUUCUAAUGUAGAUUGCCUAUGAAAAUUUGAGGGAAAAUCUUGAUUAAAAAGGACCUGAGGUGAGGAUACUAUAACUCUACAACUGUGACUGGAUUUGAAUUGAAAUCAGCAAAGAGGUAUGGCCUUGAAGUGCAGUUUGCUAGCACUUUCUGUACUCUUCUUCCAUGUUUUUCUGGUGAGUUCUCUUCAUGCUUUUAAGACUGACCAUCAGGAUGGUCUUUUUAGAGGCCUUGAUCAUGAUGUUCAAGUUCUUCUUGAGUUGAGGAGAUCACUGGAGGUGGACUCAUCAUUCUGGGACACAUCAGAGUCUCCAUGUGAAUGGUUUGGUGUGGACUGUGAUGAGAUCACUACAAAUGAUGGUGUGGGGAAGGAGAAAAGGGUAGUGCAUCUGGAAUUGGAUUCCAAACAGUUGAAAGGACGCUUAUCUCCUGCAAUUGGAAGGCUUUCUGAGCUGAAAAAUCUUUCUUUUGCUAAUAACUUGCUGGUUGGAAGGAUCCCAAAAGAGAUUGCUUCUUGUCUGAAGUUAGAAGUUGUGGACCUGAGUGGAAACAAGCUUUCUGGACCAAUUCCUUCAGAAUUCGGCAAUCUCAGGAACCUCAAGGUAUUGCAUCUCUCUGAUAACUCUCUCUCUGGUGAGAUUUCAGUCCUUAGUUUGAGAACUAGAAGUAGUCCUGAUGGCUUAUCAGAAGGUCCUUUUCCAUGUCUUGAAUAUCUCAAUUUGGCCAACAAUCAUCUCACAGGUAUGAUUCCUUAUCAUAUAGCCAGGAUUUCGACCUUAGAAUCUAUUUUUCUAAAUGGUAAUAUGUUUGUAGGACCCAUUCCUCAAAGUUUGGGUUCUUUACCAUCUUUGGAAGUCCUUGACCUGCACAACAAUUUUCUCCACGGUAAGAUCCCGCCAACAUUAGUAAACAAUUCCAGCAAACUGCAUUCCUUAGAUGUGUCAGGAAAUUUCCUAGUAGGAAGAAUUUCUCCUUCCUUUGGAAAGCUACGAACUCUGAGGUUUCUAAAUGUUUCUAACAACAAUUUGGAAGGUCCUAUUCCCUGGGGAGCUUGGUUCAAGUAUGGAGCAGACCCAAGUGCUUUCUCUGGGAAUACUAGACUCUGUGGCCGGCCACUAAAAGCUUGUCCAAAAACAGCAACCUCUGAUUUGUCUUCUUCAACAUCGUUAUCACCAUCUUCUUCACAGCUCUCGGCACAAGAUCAACUGGAGAAACAACAAUCUCAAAGCCUUCUUUCAGGUGUUUUAAAGAGGUCAAUUCCUGAAUCUUCACUCUCAACUGCUCCAAAAACUCGGUUUGUGUUAGAAAAUUUUGGUAAGCCACCUCCAUCUCUAGCACCAGCUCCAGCUCCAAGUCAAAACUACACAAGAAAUGGUACCCAAGCCCCACCACCACCAAAGCAUAAGAAGAAGAAGAAGUUGUCAAUUACAAAGUGGGUUUUGGGUGAUUCAUUGGGACUACUAACAGGAGCUAUCUCUGCAGUUAUGUGUUCAUUUUUGUAUAGAAUGCUCUUGUACUGUAUCCGUGGAAGAUCCAAGGAUCAGGGUGCUAAGAUUUACAGUUCCUUAAUUAAAAAGGCUGAGGAUUUAGCCUUCUUAAAUACAGAGGAUGGUCUCAGAUCAGCAGAGCUCAUAGGAAAAGGGGGUUCAGGGGAAGUUUACAGGACACAGCUUCGAGAUGGCAGGGAAAUUGCCAUUAAGAAAAUUGCUCAACCAUCUCUCAAUUCAACAGAUAUAUCAGAUGAAGACACUAAGCUUCUGGACAAAAGAAGGCGACAAAUUCGUGCAGAAUUGGAUACUUUAGGCCAUAUAAGGCACAGAAACCUUGUUACUCUUCUAGCCUAUAUUGCAAGGCCUGAUUGCCAUCUAUUAAUCUAUGAUUAUAUGAAAAAUGGUAGUAUCCAUCAAGCCUUAGAAAGAGUUGCAGAAGGCACUCUGGAAUUAGCAUGGCCUGUUCGUCACAAGAUUGCCAUGGGAAUUGCUACAGGCCUACAGUACUUGCAUUUCCACAGCACUCCAAAAAUCAUUCAUCGUGAUCUGAAGCCUGGAAACAUCCUCCUUGAUGAGAACUUUGAGGCCCAUGUUGCAGAUUUUGGCCUUGCAAAGGCCCUCCCUGACACAGCCACACACGCUACUACCUCAAAUGUCGCAGGAACAGUGGGGUACAUUGCCCCUGAAUAUCACCAGACCUUAAAGUUCACAGACAAGUGUGAUGUUUAUAGUUUUGGGGUUGUUCUUGCUGUUUUGGUUACAGGUAAAAAUCCAUAUGAUGAUUUCUUUCAAACAAUCCCACAGGCUAGUAUUCCAAGAUGGUUAAGAAAUGUGGUGGGUUCAGAAACAGCAUCUUGUGCCAUAGAUCCACAGAUUAGAGGACAGGGCUAUGAUGAUGAAAUCUUCCUUGUCAUGAAGGUUGCUUGCUUUUGCACUGAUGAUGACCCCAACAAGCGACCUAAUACCAGAGAGGUACUCACCAUGCUUUCACAAAUCAGAGAAUAAGUAUCUCCAUGACUGUGGAAGACUCUGCUUUAGGAUUUUGGUUAAGGACCUGUAUGAAUCUGUGAUUUCCAUUCCAGAUCACACUCCUACGGCUUAUGUAUUGUGUUUAUGUUUUCUUGUUGCCCUUCAAUACCCUAUGUCUUAUAACUUUUAUUAAUUAUGCAUACCUGAUUUGUCAA